AUGUGGAAGAGUGUGUCGCGCCGUCGGGAGCGUCCCGCCGAGGUCAGUCCGCAUCGGUGGUUGCUCGGCAGGGCGUCCGUCGUGAUACCGAUGGAGAACGUGACGAACUUCGCUGAUGACUAG